GGAAAGGAAAACCAGAGAGAAAAAUAGAGUACAGUCUCUCCGAACCAAACCCCUUUCUUCCGCCGCACUGUUUCUUCUCCCUAUAAAGCAAAUAAAUAAAAAGGAAAAUAAAGAAGAUUUUUCCGGCUGGAAUUCCGAGGAGAUUCUCGCUGUAUUAAUUUCUCUCAUCCCGGAAAAUCGAUUUCGUUUCCAUGCGUUUAUUAUCCGACUCUGUUGUGGUGGUUGAAUUCUGUUUGGUUUGUUGAAGCAUAAUUUGCACGUCGAAUUCUCUCGAGAUCAGAUCAGAGAAGGUACAUCUACUUACGUUUGGAUUCGGGAGGUCGAAGAUCUUCUCAAGCUGAAUUGUUCCUUUUGAGAAAUUCUGCUGAAUUACGGUUGAUGACUUCGGAAUCUGAAGUUAACUACCGGAAGCGUCUCCUAUUCUAGAUACGCAAGUAAAUGCGCCUCCGAUCUCAGGCGGAUGCGUAAUUUCCUCCGACGAUAAUUCACUUUCUACCAGAUCUCACAAGUUUUUGAAAGAAUUUCCAGCUAGAAUUCUACAAUUUGGCUUCGCAAAAAAAAAUUCGAGACUCGAAUUCACUGAUUUGAAUCCAAAUUUCGAAUUCUGUUCCUAAACGAUAUUUUAGCCGACGAUGGAACUUCCGCAAUCCCGUCCCUUCGGAACCGAAGGAAGGAAACCAACACAUGACUUUCUGUCACUCUACAGUCAUUCAACCGUCCAGCAAGAUCCAAGGCCACCACCUUCUCAGGUGUAUGGAUCAGGUGGGUUCCUUGAAACUCAUGAUUUCCUUAAACCACUGGAACUGGUGGGUAAGACAAGUGCGAAGGAAGAAGAAGCCCAAGUUGAGGUAUCAACAGCUGAAAAGCCACCACCUACUGCACCACCUCCUUCUGUGGAGCACAUUCUACCUGGUGGGAUUGGAACUUACAGUAUAAGUCAUAUUUCCUAUUUUAAUCCUAGGGUUUCAAAACCAGAGGGAUCAACAUUCACGGUGGGUCAAGGAAGUAGUACUCAUGAGAGAAAUGAUGAGAAUUCCAACUGCAGUUCUUAUACCAGAGGUGGAUUCGCUUUUUGGGAAGAAUCUGCCAGCAGGAAGGGAAAGACAGGGAAGGAGAAUGCUGGAGAAUCAGCUUUAAUAAGAGACGGAGCAGGAAACGUGGGUCCAUGGACCGCGUUACUAGAGAGGGCUUCACAAUCAUCGACAAACAACCACCGCAACAGCCUCAGCUCUCUAUCUUCCUCUCAGCCAUCAUCAGGGCAGAAGAGCCAGAGCUUGAUAGAAAUGAUAAAGUCAGCCAAGGGUAGCGCACGGGAUGAAGAUUUAGACGUUGAUGAAGUUUUUCUCCUCAAAAAAGGGUCUUCUUCUACAACUAAUACCCAUAGUAAAGGAGAAUUGAGAGUAAAAGUAGAUGGAAGUAGUGCCCCUGAUCAGAAGGCAAAUACCCCACGGUCAAAACAUUCUGCCACUGAGCAGCGGAGGAGGAGUAAAAUCAACGACAGAUUUCAGAAGUUGAGAGAGAUCAUUCCUCAUAAUGAUCAAAAAAGGGAUAAGGCUUCCUUCUUAUUAGAGGUUAUUGAGUACAUUCAAUUCUUACAAGAAAAAGUGCGCAAGUAUGAGGGAUCAUAUCAAGGAUGGAGCCAUGAACCAGCAAAAUUGAUGCCAUGGAGAAACAACCACAAGACUGUAGAGAGUUAUGCUGAUCAAUCUCAAUUGGCAAAUAGUGUGUCUUCUGCAUUAGUUUUUUCUUCUGAGCUAGAUGAGAAAAACAUCACCGUCUCUCCAACCUUUCCCCAUACUGCACAGAACCCCACGGAAUCUGACACGUGCCAAGCUACUCCUUUCAAAGCAAUAGAUCACCGUCUUGGGCUGACAAAUAAGCCUAUUCCCUUACCUGUCUCACUUCAACCAAACUUUUUCACCUCUGACCAAAGUGGCAGCGCAGCUGCUCAACUUCCACUGAGACUGGCAUCUGAUGCAGAGAAGAAUCCAUGUCAGCCUCAACCUGUAUUAUGCCAUACUGGAACAUGUACUACCAAUGACACCAUUUCUACUGAAAAACUGAAAGAACAGCAGCUGACAAUUGAAGGUGGAACAAUUAGUGUCUCAAAUGUGUACUCCAGAGGGUUGUUAAAUACACUAACAAAAGCACUGCAGAGUUGUGGAGUGGAUUUGUCACAAGCUAGCAUCUCAGUGCAGAUUGAGCUUGGGAAGCAGUCUUCCAGCAGACCUACUGCUCCAACAUCCACACUUAAGGAUACCGAGGUUCACACAAUCAAUCAAGGGAUGACACAUUCUGACGUUUCUUGUGAAGAAUCUGAUCGACCCCUAAAGAAGCUCAGGACAGGAAAGAGCUAGGAUGACAUGCAAUUUCACACCGUUCUAUUUUCAUUUAAUUAAUUGAUUUUUUGAGUUCCCCAGUUAAUUAUGGGGGUUAACUCCUUUCAUAAGUUUAUAAACUACUUAGCCAAGAUAAAGAUCCACUGUACAUCUAGAAACAACGCUUUAUUGUUAAUUUAUUUUCUUUUUGUGUAUCAUUACGGGGGCUUCCAUAGUAAUUUUGAGAAGCUGCUUUACACAGAAGGCUUCUAUCUGUUUUAAUUUCUUCAACUUUAGUUUGUCAAUGUCACCAUUCUUAUCAUGUUUUUGAGAUUCAGAUUCUUAAUUAAAUUAAUUUGCCAUU